GAUAAAAAUAAAAAUAUAAAAAAAUAAAAUAAAACACUCGACCGAGCGAAAACCGCCGCCGCCGCCGCCACCGUGCUAUACGCUGGCUGCAGUUCGCCGAGUCGCCGCCGCGCACAGCGUCAUUCUUCAGUGUAGCUGCUUGUCGCGAGUCGGCCGGGUGUCUGGUGGUCGCUACUGCCGAAAUCCGCGAUAGCACGCGUUCGCCGCGACUACACACAUAUCGGUGGCUACGGCGUGUGUGGGUGUGUGGGUGCUGUGUGUGUGCGCGCGCGAGCGUGUAUGUGAACGUGUGCAUCGUGCGUACACGCCGCGAGAGGGUUGUGCGUAUGCGCGCGCGGUCACCGGCGUACUUAUAGACGCGAACACAACAGUAGUGUACCGGAGUUGGACGCCGCGGCGUGAACGGACGCGGCUUUCGCGAGUAUAAAUACGUAAAAAAAAAAAAAAUUAUAAGAAAUUCAAAAUAAUUAUAAUAAUUUUUUGAUUUUUAAUAAUAAUAAAAAAUUAGAUAAAUAAAUUUAGCCGUACACACGUACACGUUAUGUAGAUCGUCUUCCGCGGUUCUCGUCGUCUCGCGGCUGUUGAAAUUUAAAUAUAAUAAUAUACUAAUUUGUCUCGUGUCUCGGUCGCCGGCGGAGACGACGUUGACGCGUGCACGCUUUGACGUUUCGGUUAGGCGACGACCUGCAAAGACGACGACGACAGUACAAUAGUGGCGACUGCGGCGGCGUGUACGGCGACGCGUGAGUAUGCUAUUUAUACGAGAACAACUGGACCGGCGGCGCUGCCGGUGAUACUGUCAUUCCACCGCACAGCAUGGCCUCGGUCGCCGCUUGGCUGCCGUUCGCCCGGGCGGCGGCCAUCGGUUGGGUGCCGAUCGCCACGCACCCACUGCCGCCGCCGCCGGUGCCCAAGGACCGGCGGAGAAUUGACGACGAGAAGCUACUGAUCAACGUCUCGGGGCGCCGGUUCGAGACAUGGCGGAACACGGUGGAAAAGUACCCGGACACGUUGCUCGGGUCCAACGAGCGGGAGUUCUUCUACGACGAGGACUGCAAGGAGUACUUCUUCGACCGGGACCCGGACAUAUUCCGGCACAUACUCAACUACUACCGGACCGGCAAGCUGCACUACCCGAAGCACGAGUGCCUGACCAGCUACGACGAGGAGCUGGCGUUCUUCGGUAUACUGCCGGACGUGAUCGGCGACUGCUGUUACGAGGACUACCGGGACCGGAAGCGCGAGAACGCCGAGCGGCUGAUGGACGACAAGCUGUCGGAGAACGGCGACCAGAACCUGCCGCAGCUCACCAACAUCCGGCAGAAGAUGUGGCGGGCGUUCGGCAACCCGCACACGUCCACCGCGGCGCUGGUCUUCUACUACGUCACCGGUUUCUUCAUCGCCGUGUCCGUCAUGGCCAACGUGGUGGAGACGGUGCCGUGCGGGCACCGGCCCGGCCGGGUCGGCACGCUGCCGUGCGGCGAACGCUACAAGAUCGUGUUCUUCUGCCUGGACACGGCGUGCGUGAUGAUCUUCACCACCGAAUAUCUGUUGCGGUUGUUCGCCGCCCCGGACCGGUGCAAGUUCAUGCGCAGCGUCAUGAGCAUCAUCGACGUGGUGGCCAUCCUGCCGUACUACAUCGGCCUGGGCAUCACCGACAACGACGACGUGUCCGGCGCGUUCGUCACGCUCCGCGUGUUCCGGGUGUUCCGGAUAUUCAAGUUCUCCCGGCACUCGCAGGGACUCCGAAUCCUCGGCUACACGCUCAAGUCGUGCGCUUCCGAACUCGGGUUCUUGGUGUUCUCGCUGGCCAUGGCCAUCAUCAUAUUCGCCACGGUAAUGUUUUACGCCGAGAAGAACGUGGACGGUACGAACUUCACGUCCAUACCGGCCGCCUUUUGGUACACCAUCGUCACCAUGACCACGUUGGGGUAUGGUGACAUGGUACCAGAAACAAUAGCCGGAAAAAUUGUUGGUGGAGUGUGUUCACUAAGUGGAGUGCUUGUUAUCGCACUACCUGUACCAGUAAUCGUGUCUAAUUUCAGUCGCAUCUACCAUCAAAAUCAGCGAGCAGAUAAAAGAAAAGCUCAAAGAAAAGCACGGCUAGCUAGGAUAAGGAUAGCAAAGGCCUCUUCGGGUGCCGCAUUUGUAAGCAAAAAAAAAGCGGCUGAAGCCAGGAUGGCGGCUCAAGAAUCCGGGCUAGAACUUGAUGAAAAUUACAGAGAAGAAGACAUAUUUGAACUGCAGCAUCAUCAUUUACUUCGAUGUUUGGAAAAAACGACUGAUAGAGAGUUUGUGGAGCUCGAAGUGCCAUAUAACGGUCAAUCAAAAAGGCCAUGCUCACCGUCUCCCCUACUGAGCCCUAGCCAUUCGGCAUUAAGCAGGGUGAACUUCUUAAGCUCAUGCUGUACAAGAUGCUGUAAUCAACGGUAUCAGCACAAGCGAGAGAGCUCGCCGGACUCGAUUGGCGAGCCCAUCAACGAGGAGGAGCUGAUCGAGGUGCAGAUGAAGCAGCGUCACACGCCCGCGGCGACGACGGCGGCGCCCGGCGGCGGCAAGUCCAGCAACUCGCUGGACUACAACAGCUGCGACAUGCAGCCGUCCGCGUCCGCGGGCCACAAGUCGUCGGCCGCCGGGUCGCCGUCCUCCGCGUCCGCCUCGGCGGCCGCGACCACGGCGGUGGCCGGCGGCAGCGGCGGCGGCGGCUGUGGCGGAGCGCCCGGCGGUUCCACUUCCGUGGUGUCCGUGCACGGCUGCAACAACCCCAACUCGAGCACGUCGUCCGUCGUCGUCAACCUGCCCACUUCCUAUCCGAACUCGGAAAUGGACUACGGGUCGGCGUCGUACCCGCCGUCCCCGUCGCUGUCCUCCAACAACGACAAGCCGCAAGUGCGCAUCACGUUCCUCUAGCCGCCGCCGCCGUCCGACCGACUCCGAACCAUCGUCACGUGUUGUAAUGUUAUUGAUAUAUAUAUAUUAAUUUAUUAUGUUAUUAAUGUUUGAUGCGUUCCGUUAUACGUUUUUUGAAAAGUCGCGCGCGCGUCGUUUCCCGUUUACCCCGUCGUCGCGCAGACUCGUCCUCUGUCAUUAUAUUAUUAUUAUACCAUAAUAAUUAAUUACUAUAUUAUAUGUAGGUAAUAAUAUCGUAUAUGAUGAUGUCGUCGUACGUUUUACGACUUAGCAAUAAUAAUAUUAAUAUAACGACACUGCACGAUCGCCAUUAUUAAUAUUAUUAUUAUUAUUAUUAUUGUUAUUAUCGUUGUUAUUACUUUAUAUAUAUAUAUACACGUGUACAUUAUACAUAUAGAUAUAUAAACAGUUAACUGGCUAACCCUAUAAGUGUAAAUUGUUAUAAGAGCGUGUGUGUCCCAAGUCAUUAGUCGAGCAUUCCCGUCGAGGGCGUGCGAAAUAAACUGCAGUUUUGGCGUACCUAUAUAACAAUAAUAUUACGUCCUUACGUUUAUCCUGCCCCCCCCCAUUCGUCGCCGCUGCGAUACUAUAACGUCACCCUCGUUGUUCUGAAACGGUGUAGACGUUAGUCGGAACGAUUGUGUUCGACCAAAUCGUGUGUCCGUGACCAACGAUUGCAGUACGAUUCCGUAAAAAUAUAGCACCUAUUUUGUGUGUCGAGAGAACGCUAUACCGGCGAUAGAUGGACGUGUUUUGGCCGUCUUACAGACGCGAUAAUAACAUAAUACGACACGGCGAAUUUGAGUCGAGUGGAACCGAUUUGGCGUCGCCGUGUCGGUGGCUUUAAUGUGAUCGGAGUGAAUUGAAUUUUAAACUUCAAACGAGCUAAAGCACAGAUAAUAUUCUUACUUUUAGCUUUGAGAGAUCAUAUAGGUCAAUUCACUUUAAUAUUAAAACUAUAACAAUACACGAUUGGAGACGACGUGUUCGGGUGUAGCGUCCUCUUGACAAUUUUUCCAAACACACACAUGCACACACGUUGUGUACAAUACCUACGUCGUUACGAUAAUCUGUAUGACGACGACGGCGGCGGCGGCGACGGCGACUAUAAUGACGAUAAUUCGUCUUGGCAUAUGCGUAGGUAUAUAUGACUCGCGUGGCACUUUAAAUUUUUUUUUUUUUUAAACCACGGGCUUAACAUUUAAUCUGUUUUUCUUCCUGUAUGACGAUCGAAAUAUAAUAAUCUAUGCUGAUAUCACUUUAUUAUGAAAAACAAAUUGUGUGACACCGUCGCCUUCUUUUGUGUACCUAGUAUAACUACCUGUAGCUACCUACGCUCGUCAUAAAUUCUAUCCAGUCGACAUUCAACACCCACGCUGACGACGAACAACGGUUUGUCGCGUCAAGUCGUCCAUUGCGCCACCGGACUAAACCCUCUACCCUACUCAACCCUCUCAUCACUCCUCCACAGAGUAUUUAUACCUACUGGCUAUAUAUGUAUACUGUCCUUUCUGCGUAUAUAACAACUAUGAUUAUAAUAAUACGGCUUGUGUGCGAACCGAAUAAUAAAUACAUCUAACACGUAUGAUGUAUAUACAAUUAUUAUAUGUACGUGCAGAAUACAGUGUGGUAUUUGGUCGAACUUAGUACCGGUCACAUCAACAAUUUCCGUCCGCUUUGUGUGCAUGCAAUUUUAAUCGAGCAAGGUCCGAGUGGGGUUUGCACUAAUAAUGCGGAGUUUGAAAUAAUAAUGCGCCGAGUAACAGCUGAAACUCGUCGACGGGCUGCUCCAUGUCAUUACAUAUUUAAUCGUUAUUAGGGACUAUUCAAAAAAAAAAAAAAGCCUACCUUCUAAUUACUACAUUACAACAAACAAUCUUUUCAAACAUUAAUCAGGAAAAAUCAAUGAUUUCAUUUUCAAAUUCAGACAAACGACCGAAACGCUAAUAGCAGUGAUCUUGUUCAAAAUUAUUAAACAAAAACUAUUAUAAUAACGUAUUUAAAUAACGCACACUAUUAGUUAUCAUACUCCCAGUUUAAAAUGUCUCCACCGUGUAAUUAUUUUAUUCUGUUAUUCAACCUGCGAGUAUACUCGUAUACUAAUCAGUACAGAUACAUACGACGUAUCGCAUUCCCUACGUGAAAAUUUUAUAAUAAUAAAAAAAAUUUACAAAAACGAAAUAGGUUCAUAAAAAAAUUUAAAAAUGGGUAACUCGACCAGAUCUGUUCAUAUUUUUCAAUUACAUAACUCAAAAUAUGUAAAAAUAAUUUUAUUUUUUUGUCAGCCUCGGACUAUACACCUCAACAGUGUAAUAGCAGAAUAAAUAUCAAGACGAUUUGAUUUGUCUUUCCAUUCCAACAUUUAAAUCAGAUCCUCAUACAGUCAUACCCAUAGAUUAAAUUCUCAUAAUUUCAUCAUAUAUACAUAUAUAAAUAUUGAAAAGGUAAAGGCACUUAUUACUGUUGUCGUGUAACAUAAUAUAAUGGAUACAUGGCCAUAUUCGCAGUUCAAUAAGCAUGAUGAUAAAACAACAAUUUUCACGUCAUAAUAAUAUUAUCAUGGAAUAGUGUAAGGUGUAAAUAAUAAUAAUUUUCUGUCAAGUGUAAAUUAUUGAGCUAGUUUCUUAAUCACGGUGGGUUUUGUUAAGAUUAUUUCAGAGGCGACUAGAGAAUAUUAAGUAUUACACAAACCGUGAGUUGUGAAGAAAGGGACGGCAUUUAAACGUCUGAUUUUAAUUUUCAAAGGACCUAGAUUUAUUAAUAGUCGAAAAUUGUAUAGGUAAUACAUAAACUUUGACGUUUUUUUUUAUUAAUCUAUUACGUUUAAUCGUGGGUCUAUAUUGUUAUGUGGUUCUAAAUCGAUGUUUUUCAAAAAGCACGUUUUCAAAAUUAAUUAGUAGAUACUUCUAAAGUUAUUUGUAGCUUAUGAGUGAUUUCUAUAAAUUUUAAAAGCGUUUUCAACUACAAAUUAUUAAUCAAUUAUAUUCUAGGUAUCUAAAUACAUAAAAUUAUUAAGCCAUUGGACAAUCAGCUUACGUUUUAUUUACUAACCUACAUUGUUCGAUCUUUUAUUAAAAAUAAAUGUGAUUUAUAGUAAACCAAUUGUUUUUUACGUGACAACAAAAUGUUUGCGUUAUCUAAAAUAUGAUUACUACUAAUUACAUUUAUAAUUUUUAAUUUUUAUUAAAACCUUAACACUUUAUAUGUGUUGAAUAUGUAGCAAAAUAUUUUUUUUAAAUACAUAUUUGUUGACUUUAAAAUCAUAACAACCAAUCUAAACUAAAUUAAACUUAUGAUUAUAAAAUGUAUUUGUCCAAACGUAAUUAUAUUAUAUUUUAGAAUUGAGUAUAUUAUAGUCUAUAUCGUUUUUAUGUGCAGAGGAAUUAUUUUUCACUGUCAAUUUUUUAAAAUUAAUACCGUAUGUCACUUAAAUUUAUACUGGCAUGCGUGGAUUCGCUGAUGAUCUGACAAGACCUGGAGUGUAUAUAAACUUAGAAUGAUACGUUCUUUCAAUAAUGGUGCAUUGUAAGAAAAUUUAUAUUCGUAAACAAUAGGACCUACCUGUGUACUAUUAUCAAGUUUUAAAAGUGCUCUUUGUAUUUACAAAAAUCGAUUUAGAACCCUUUUUAUACUUUUAAUACACGACCCACGAAAUGUUAUCGACGAGAGUGAAAAAUUGGGACAGAUUCCAAAACAAUGUGGUUUAUUGGCACAUUGCCCUCGAUGUGCAUAUUUUAAUUUACUUUACUUAUCCUAUGUAACACCUGUUUUCGCCAAGGACUCUGGGCACCAGUUAUAUUAUAUUUCUGUUACAUUACUAGGCUGUCCAUAUUUUGUAAAUAUAUUAUUAUGAUUAUUAUUUUUUUAUUACUUUAUUUAUAAAUUAAAUUAUUACGACCCUGUGAGAAAUUCAACGUCCAUUUAAUACAAACCAUCAAUUAUCUUUAUUAUUGAUCCCGAGCAAGAGCAAAGAAGCUAUUAGUUUUACAAUUUUUUUUUUCAAAAACGCUUUCUUUUUUAUUAAGACUCCAUAAAUUGCAUGUGUGUUUAUCGAUUUGACAUUGUACCUAGAUAGUACUAUGGAUUUGUCAAAUGUGAGAAAUUCCCAAGAAAUUUUUUAGAAAAUUGCGAAAGACUGCAAAAGCAUCAUUCGACCUAUUUGUUCUCGACAUUAUUAAAGCAUAUAUUUAUUAUCAUAAUACUUUGAUCAUACCUAUUGAUAGCUGUUCCUAUAUUAUAAUAUAUUCACCAAACUUUUGUAACAUAUAUUUAUAAUAUAUUUACAUUCAAACCUAAUAAUAAUUAAUUUAACGAUAAGUCUGUACAAUUAUCCUUUAUUACUAUAAUGUCUAUAAUAAAUAAUAAAUUCACAAAAAAAUGUUUAAUUUGUAAUUAUAUCGAUAUAUAUAGUAUAAAACAUUUUCGUCGAUUAUAGAAACAACAUAUUGCCUAUUAUAUUGCCUACUCAAAUUUUGUGAUUGAAAAAAUUGUAAUUAUUUAAUAUUAGUUAGGUAUAUCGUAUAUUAAAUAUGUUUAAAAUUCGAGAUAUAUUAUUAUGUAAUAUAAUAAUAUAAUACAUGUUCUACUUUUUGUAUGUAUUAGAAAUUUUUCCCUGAACACAUAGGUCAAAAUGAUGGUUAUUACUUAUACUAAUUAUUAAAUGUCAAUAUAAUAUGUCUCAAUAAUGACAAAUUAAAAACACCAUGUUUUGAUCAUAUCGAACAGUAAUAUUAGAGGUAUAUUUAUUUUUAAUUAGUGGCUAAUUUAUUGCUAAAAAAAAAAUGUACACAAACGUGUAAAAAACAAAAAAAAACUACCUAUUUUUAAAGAAAACGAAACAGUUUACGUGGCAAAACACUUAUAAUACGAAUUCAUAUAGAAUAAAAUAACACAAUCAUAAUAUUAUUAGAAUAAAUAACAACGCUACGUAACAAUUGAAUUGGGUCCCAAAACUAUAUAAACGAUCUUUUUAAACAUCUAUAAUUGUGCCGAAGCAUGUGUGUAGUAGAUUAAAAUAAGCGUUUAAAUGAAAAUAUUCUAAAUCUCUUUUUUUUUUUUAAUUAUUAUUAUUGAUAUUGAACGUAAUGUCUGUCUGUCCAUAUCUACGAGUUGUUGUACGAUAUAUUUGAGUCUUCUAGAUCUUAAAAGGGUCAUUAUUAUAAAUUAUAUAUUAUUAAAUUAUAUAAAAUUAAAUUAAACCAUCAAAAUAAAUAUAAUACUAUUCAUAACAAACAUUUUAUAUCAUAUAUAUCAUAAAAAUUGUCAUCGUUCUUGUUUUAAAUCAUUAGUUUUUUUCUUAUAGUAUUUUUUAUUACUUGCGCUAACUCUCGGGUAGAUAAAAAAUAUAUAUAUUAAUAUGGGUAAUACAUAAAAUGAAUGUAUUAUAGAUAGAUACUAUUUAGCUAUAGAUCACCUGGAUCAUUAAACAGUUUAAAAAUGUAACAGCCAACAGGUGUGUUUUCCAUUGUCAUAUUGGACAUCAAUAUUGUUCAUUGAACAUCUUUUAGGUAAAAUUUGUUAAUCUUUUUUAGAUUUGUAUUAAUAAAAUAAUGGAUCUUGAAUAACUAUUAUUAUAUGCAUAUAACAUGUAAAAACAGUUUAAACAAGCAAACUAUAAAAUUUUUAACAGCGCAUUCAUUAUUAUAAUAAUUAUUGUUAACAAAUAAUGUUGAUGCAUUUAUGUUUUAAACAAUAUUAGAAAGACAAACAAAUUUAUUAAUGUUAAAAUUAAUUAUAUUUAUUAUUAUUAUUAUUAUUAUUAUUAUUACUACUACUACUACUACUAUUACUACUACUAUUAUAUCAGGGUGUUUUGAGAUAUUCUGGCCAAAUUAUUUAACAACAUCGGUUUUAAAAGCAUAUUAUAUCCUGCGGAUUUUUACUUAAAAUCAAAUACCUAUCGAACAAAAUGUGUUUUUAUCACACAAUCCAACUCAGUUUAUUACAUACUACCUAUACAUUCUUUUACAACCAUUUAUUUUUAUUUAUAUAUAAUAUAUGUGUGUGUAUAUAAUAUAUACCUAGGUACCUAUUAUACUGCUAUAGUAUACCUAAAUCAUAUGUGCAAUUUAAGUUUAAAAUAUCUAUAAGUUACUUUUCUACAUUAAAAUUUGCUUAGCUUCUUGCAUUACACCUUUAUGACAGUGUUUAAAUAGAUAUCCAUAGCAUAUUUUUUUUAAGCCUAAUUAUUUCUAAAUGAAUCAUCUUGUCUUCGUGCAUAGUUUGGCCAGGGUUGUCUGAAACAUUUGUCAGCUUGGCCCGAAAAGUUAUGAGCGUUAUUAAUAAAUCCAAUCAAAUAACUGUUAACAAAAGUGUUUAACAUUGUUUCAAUAUAUUAAAUGUAUGUAAUUUGAUCAAAUGUGAUGCGUAUUAUUAUUUUUAAUGAUUGAUUAAUUGAUCAAAUUAUAUAAGACACAUUUGUCAGUCAUCUUUUCGGACCAUUCUGAUUAUUUUUCAUCAAUAUAGUCGUUUGUAUAACAUUCAAUUUGUUUAAGCAUGGUAAACAACUAAAUGGAAAACAAAAAAAACGUUUUUUUUUUUUUUAUAUAUAAAUAAGCAAAUUACAAAUUGUUUAUAAAAUAUAAUAUAUACAACAGCUAAAUGGUAUAGAUUGUUUUUAAAAAUGCGAAUUUAGAAGUGGUUAUUUCGUUUUAAUAAAAAAAAAAAUUCCUGAAAACA